UGGGACAGAGGCAGUAAUGACAUUCAGGGCACGAAUACGCAUCGUUAGCUCAAGGGAUUUUAUCAAGCAGUUUGUGUGCAAGCUUAUGAACAAGGUAAAGACUCUGGUCUUAAGCUCUCAUCUUACAAUCCGGCAGCUUAUAUCUACUUACUAUACACACAGUUUAUAUCACGAUGAUUAAGCACUGUCUGAAUCCUCAGUUUCAUUUGUUUAUCCCAUCUCUCAGACUUGUUAGUCCCUUAGAAAAACUGUUUUCAACCAAUGUUGAUUACAAUGUUGCUGAUGAUAAUAUAGGUAGAGUAGAUUUUAAAUUGAGAGGAUUCUGUGAAGGCUCAAGAUUAGUUGAUGCUUUUUCAUUUUUUCACCAUGUUGUUGAGUUAGGUUUAGUCCCUUCUGGGGAUACUUGUAAUUUCCUGGUUCAAGCUCUUUCUAGGAGUAAUGAGUACAAUAUGGCUUACAGAGUAUUUACGAGGAUGACCCAUGUUGGAGUUUUGCCGAAUUUUCUUUCAUUAGGUGCUAUGAUUGAGUUUUAUGUACAAGAAGGUAAACCGGAAUUGGCGGUUGGGAUUGUGGGUUUGAUAUUGAAACGCAAUUACGUAAUGAAUGGUUAUCUUGCUAAUGUUAUAUUGAAGGGAUUUUGUCGAAAUGAUGCUGUGAAGGCAAGAGAGUUUUUUGAUGAUUUUAGUAAGGAUUUUGGGUGUUUAGAUAUGGUUGGUUAUAAUACUCUUAUUAAGGGACUAUGUAAGGCUAAAAAGUUGAAAGAAGCUUUUGAAUUGAAGGCGGAGAUGGAGUUGCAAAAAUUAAAACCGGGAUUGGUAACGUACACUACAUUGAUUAAGGGUUUGUGUAAAGAGGGUAGGAUGGAUGAAGUGACGGAGCUCUUGGAUGAAAUGAAGGUAAGAGGAUUGGCUGCGGACAGUAUUCUGUAUGAUGAGGUGAUUUGCGGUCACUGUCAUAAAGGAAAUAUUGAGAGGGGUAAGGAGAUUUUAAAUGAAAUGGUAAGUGAAGGUUGUUCUCCAAAUGUGAAUAUGUAUAAUAAUUUGAUUCAUGGACUUGGUAUGAUGGGCAAGUUGAAAGAAGUUUCUGCGAUGGUAACUAUUAUGAUGGAACAUGGGAUUCGUCCAAAUGUUAGGACUUACACAACUCUGAUUAAUGGGCUAUGUAAAGAUGGGAAGGUGACAGAGGCUAGAAAGAUACUUGAUUUGAUGGUAGAAAAGGGUGUAAAACCUAGUAAUAUGACAUACAAUGUCUUGAUUAAUGGACUCUGCAAACAUGGAUCAGUACUCAAUGCUUUGAAACUUUUGGAAUUUAUGGUGGAAAAAGGGAGCAAGCCUGAUGUAGUUACCUACAAUACCCUAGUGAAGGGACUUUGUGAAGACGGGAGGGUUAAUGAUGCUUUGACACUUUUCAAUUGGAUGCUGGAAGACAGGAACAAUGUUAAUCCAGAUGUUAUCACGUAUAAUCUUCUAAUCCAACGGCUCUGCAGGGAAGACCGUCUUGUUGAAGCUGCAAAUAUUUAUAACAAGAUGGUUGAAUGUAAGAUUUGUGGUAAUAUAGUCACCUAUAACGUGCUCAUUGGAGCUUAUUUGAUAGCAGGGAAUGUUCAAAAGGCUAUGGGACUUUGGAAACAAAUGCUUCAUUUGAAGUUAAUUCCAAACUCAUAUACAUAUAGUCUUAUGAUAAAUGGAUUUUGCAAACUGAACCUGGUCAAUAUUGCAAAAGGUAUCUUCAGUCGAAUGAGAUCACUUGGGCCAAAUCCUAAUGUGUACGACUACAAUACAAUAGUGGCAACCUUGUGCUCGGAGGGUAGUAUAGUGCAGGCGAAAAAAUUAUUUCAAGAGAUGAAAAUUUCAAAAUGCGAUCCUGAUGUCACCACCUUUAAUACUAUUAUUGAUGCAAGCUUUGUGGCUAGGGAUAUCCAGUUUGCUGAACAGCUACUCGUGGACAUGCAUCAGAGGAAAAUAGCUCCAGAUGCUUUGAGUUUCUCUAUAUUGAUCAAUAGACUUUCAAAAUUAGGACGAUUGGAGGAGGCCAAAGGCAUUUUUGAUAGGAUGGUUGCUUCUGGCUUCACCCCUGACAACUGUGUAUAUGAUUCUUUGUUAAAAGGCCUGGGUGAAGAGGGAAAAACGGAAGAGAUUGUUAAUUUACUUCGCCAGAUGGCAGAUAAGGGUAUGGUACUUGAUAAGGAAAUAGUGACUACUAUUUUGACUUAUCUCUCUCAUAUCUCUGCCGAUUCUGAUGUAAUAAACCUCUUACCAAGUUUCCCGAAAGAAACUCCAAAAGGAUCAAGCUUCUCAUGUCGUGAAUUGUUAAUGAAACUCAAAUUAGAUCCUCGGUUGCAAUCACAAGGGCCUUGAUUUUAUUUAUUACAGAAGCCGUAUAUUUUUUCCCGCAAGUCCUACACACUGUAUUCGCGUCAUAAAUGUAAUUGUAUGGGCAGUAUGGAUUUGUUUGGGAAUAGCCAGCUAUAUAACUUGUGACAUGUGUGGUCAGUCGUUUAUUUGAAGAUAUGGGAGUUGGUUACAGUAAUUUGCAGCGGAACAAGUUUGAAUGUACUGCAUAGGAGGCAAAGGCCAAAGCAAGCAAGACAUUGUCACGCGACAUUAGUUGCAGCAGAGUGAAGUUUGAACUUGGAAGAAGAAGCAAUGAAAAGCUAUGAGGAAACUGCAACAGGCAUAAAAGCAAUGAAGCUACAAAGGCAAGACAAAUAGUACAGAAGCUGAGAAGCAUAAAGAUAAUGUGUGCUAACAGUUGCUCCAUUUACAAUGGGAGUUUAAGUACUGGCUGGCGUAUUCCAUGUUUUUGGUGUGUCACUUGGUUCUUGUUUGUCACUAGUACACUAAUAAUGUACUGGUGCAUUUGUUUGUGAUGCUAUAUGUGCACAUGGACUGAAUGCUAAUGGUUCCUCUUACUUAUCCUGGAAAAGUUAUUAUCACUUACUGGUAUUUUACUUUUGACUUUA